ACUUUUUUCUAUUCGAUGCUUCGUUUCUUCUUCGGAUUGUUCUGCGCGGUAUGUUGGCCAGCUGAAGAAUCUUCGGUUCGACGAUGAUAAUCAGUUCGCGGGAUUGAUGGCUCUGACAUUUGUCGUUCUUUCAUGUUUCCGUUGAUUAGAGGUGCACCAAGACAUGGCAGUUAAACCCACAGUUGCAUUGAGGGCUAUCCUUGUUGGGGGUAUAGCUGCAUUUGCAAAAAUAGGUGGCGCUAUGAAGGCAGCAGGUGGUGUCAAGUUGGGGGCAGCCGCAGCUGCAGUGACGGCUGCUGCAACUGCUGCCGUGAGCUCUAAGCCGGAUCAGAAAGAUGCUCCCCGUCAAUCCUGAAGCCUUCUUUUGCUUCUGCAGCCGGGAGGAGAUCUUUGUAGCAUAAUUGUCCUUGGCAUAGAGGUUUUUUCUUUUUGUUCUGUUUUUGAGGUUGCUCCUGUGAGCUGUUAGAAAAGCUGUUCUUGUCCAGGAUCAAGCCAAAUUUGUACUUAGAUGGUGAGAAAGGUCUUGAAAUAAGAUUUGCUCUGACUUGUACUCCAGGUAGGUCAUUGAAAUAGAAAGCAAUUAUUUUUCUUCUUUGA